UUGAAGAGUGAGCUUUGUGGAAUAAGCUGUGCAAACAGGAAAACCUCGGCCUGGUGUCUGUGCGUAUGGUGACCAGUAAAUGGUACACGCAGUUUCAAGUCUACUUUGCUCGCAUAAUAGCGAGUAGUGAAUCCACACUGGUUUACAGCAACCUCGGCCUGGUGUCUGUGCGUAUGGUGACCAGUAAAUGGUACACGCAGUUUCAAGUCUACUUUGCUCGCAUAAUAGCGAGUAGUGAAUCCACACUGGUUUACAGCAACCUCGGCCUGGUGUCUGUGCGUAUGGUGACCAGUAAAUGGUACACGCAGUUUCAAGUCUACUUUGCUCGCAUAAUAGCGAGUAGUGAAUCCACACUGGUUUACAGCAACCUCGGCCUGGUGUCUGUGCGUAUGGUGACCAGUAAAUGGUACACGCAGUUUCAAGUCUACUUUGCUCGCAUAAUAGCGAGUAGUGAAUCCACACUGGUUUACAGCAACCUCGGCCUGGUGUCUGUGCGUAUGGUGACCAGUAAAUGGUACACGCAGUUUCAAGUCUACUUUGCUCGCAUAAUAGCGAGUAGUGAAUCCACACUGGUUUACAGCAACCUCGGCCUGGUGUCUGUGCGUAUGGUGACCAGUAAAUGGUACACGCAGUUUCAAGUCUACUUUGCUCGCAUAAUAGCGAGUAGUGAAUCCACACUGGUUUACAGCAACCUCGGCCUGGUGUCUGUGCGUAUGGUGACCAGUAAAUGGUACACGCAGUUUCAAGUCUACUUUGCUCGCAUAAUAGCGAGUAGUGAAUCCACACUGGUUUACAGCAACAAGGAUUGCCUUCGUCUGUCCAAGCCACUGUUUUUCCUGGAAUUAACUAUUGUUUUAUUUCAAUUAAUGUAUGUAUGUGCCUCGGGAACCUACCACAUCUGUUGAAUGUUUACUGGGAACUUAGGUGGGCCUAGGGGGAAGCCUGCUGGUGGUAACCUGUUAUCUUAAAUGUUUUGUU